GAGCACACGGCAGGAGCACUCAGGCAUUGCAGCAUUUCUUUGUCUUUGAGCUGUAGUCUCUCCUCUCCUUCCCUUGAGCCCUCCCGCAUUACUAGAGCAGAGAGAUCCCACGCUUCAUGCCUUCAUCUGCGCUACCGAUGGAAAUCGACAUGAUGGCUCAGUUUCUUGGAGCAGAUGAUGACCACUGCUUCACCUACGAUUACGAGCAUGACGUGGAUGAGUCCAUGGAAGCGAUAGCAGCUCUGCUCUUGCCCACCCUUGACACUGACUCCAACUCCUCCUCUAGCUGCUUCAACGACGACGUCCCCCCACAAUGCUGGCCUCAGCCAGGCCAUAGUUCUAGCGUUACCACUUUGCUCGGUCCAGCCGAGAGCUUUGAGUUCCCCGUCAUGGACCUGUCGUUCCCCACGAGCGACUUCGAUCCACAAUCACAUUGCGCUACCCCCUACCUUACCGAGGACCUGGGCUCUCUGCAGCAUGGCAAACAUUCACCAGUCAUGGAGGAAGAAGCAGCCGACGUUGAACCUGCUGCUAAGAAGAGGAAAGCUAGUGCUACUGCUACUGCUACCGCCAAGGGAUCAAAGAAAUCCAGGAAGGCGAGCAAAAAAGAUUGUAUUGUCGAUGACGACGAUGUCUAUGUUGACCCGCAAAGCUCCGGUAGCUGCACCUCCGAGGAGGGGAAUUUUGAAGGGAAUACGUAUUCAAGCGCGAAAAAGACCUGCACCAGGGCCAGCCGCGGAGGAGCAACUGAUCCUCAGAGUCUCUAUGCAAGGAAGAGGAGAGAGAGGAUCAAUGAAAGGUUGAGAAUCUUGCAGAACUUGGUCCCCAAUGGAACAAAGGUUGACAUUAGUACGAUGCUCGAGGAAGCAGCACAGUAUGUCAAAUUUUUACAGCUUCAGAUUAAGCUGUUGAGCUCUGACGACAUGUGGAUGUAUGCGCCAAUCGCGUACAAUGGGAUCAACAUCAGCAAUGUUGAUCUGAACAUCCCUGCACUGCAAAAGUAAAUCUCUCCCCAGAGCUGCGGUGCAGGUUCUAACACUGAGUCACAUAGGAUCCAAUUUGUUGUGGAUCAUCUCCUGUAUCAUACUUGUAAUGAAACACCUUUUCAGUUUCUUUUUGAGAGGAACAGGAGGGGGGUUACCCUCCUAAGUUUCUUUUUUUUUGUUCCUUGGCAUUUCCAACAAAGACAUGCAAGGAAGCUACCGUGACCAUUUAAACGAUCAAAGAUCGUGGUGAUAUGAUCGACUUCAGAUUUAAGAUAAAUAAUUACAAUGUCACGAGGCUGGCAUUUGUGUUUCUGUAA